AUGACUGCUCGCGAGGUGCAGCCAGAUGACGGGGGUCUUGAUAUUGGCACCGAUCUCUCAUUUCCUGGUCGUGCAAGCCCCGAGCAAGUGACCGAUGGGGUUGCUCAGGGCAGAGAGGAGCACAUUGGAGGUUUCGGUCGGUACAGUUACUCAACUCACUUCGCCUCUUGUGUGCCAAGGGGCCCAGCAGCCGCCACUGCUGUCACACUGUCGAUGGGAUCUGCCAGCUCUGUGGAUACUGUCGACCGCUUCGCUCUGCGUCAGGGCUCAAUCGCCGCCAAUGCGGUCAAUACCCCGACAUCCACCAGUUCUGUGGAUGAUCUCAGCCGUUACAGCUACUCAACUCAAGAUUCGGAUGUUCUCUGCCCUAGGGAGGACGAAAUCGCUCUGUGCCUGCAACAUAGCCCGACUGUCGUCACUGCAGUCAAUCCCCUUGGAUCCGCCGAGCCGGCAUAUCUGAGGACCUCUCUCUAUACCUCGACAACCGUCUCCACCUCUGGCAACACUGCAGCUGCUGUGCCAGAGGGCGCCGUGACGGCUCAUGUCUCUACCUCUUGCCCGACCCGAGCCACAAGCCGCCAGCUCGAGUCCGUCAACGGCAACGUAGUCACCUGCUCCUCAACUUCUCCUCCGCCCUCCUACUGCGAUCUCCCACCUGCCUCUCUGAACAUCACGCCAACUUCUAACGCUACCUUCCGCCUCACUACUAGCCCUUCCCUCCAGAGUCUUGCAUGCAACGAGAACACCACAGAAGACGUCUUACCCAUCUACAUCCGAUAUGAAGAUGUCCCGCCCAUAUAUGGAACUUUGCAGAUCCCCAACGAAUACACGCACCUCGCACCUCUCCCCUCCUCACCGUCAUCUUCUGCAACCUCACUCCCUCCUUCACCCACGCCGUCUCCUCUGCCAUCAACUGCCCCGACCCGCACUUGA